UAUACAUAGAAAAUCGACGUGGGCGAAGCUGCGGGUAAAAGCUAGUUUCAAAAUAAAAAUAUCUACAUGUUAUGGACAUAAAUAGGUAUUUAUCUACACAAUUUAUGUGUAGAUAUUAGGUAAAUUUAGUACCUACCUACCUAGUGUCAAGUGCAUGUCCACGCGCAAUAGUUCCUGUUCUGAAGGUACGUUCUGUACAAGCAUGUACAACUAGCUUCGUCCCCGUGGGAAUCGGGUUAAAGAUUCAAAACUUUGUGCUCAUCAGUUCCCUGUCAAGGACCCAAUCAAUGUUGAGCUCUAAAAUAAUUUAAUUUUAUAGUUAAGUAUGGGAGAAACAGAUUUAAAUGCAUUACCCAUUAUUUUAUUGAGUGCAAAGGAUAAUGCUACUGCGUCAUAUAUGGUUUCAGAAAUCAUAGAUAAUGAUGUAACAGAGAGUUACAGGACAAAAGAAGGUAAUGUGGUGCAAGAUCAUGUCUGGAGGAUAGUAAACAAGUAUUAUACAGCUGAUGUGCGGCUGCGAGCAUGCGGGGACGAGCAGCUGCCUAUCGGAGAUGAUCCUGUGGAUGCACAUGUCAUAUACUUACAUGCAGAUGAGUGCAGCGUAUCGACAUGUUCUACGCGCUCGGUGCCGUGCGCGGGCGUGCGGCUGGUGCUGAGUGCGGGCGAGGACGAUGCCGUGCGGCGCUGGUGUGCGGCGCAGCGCUAUGAGCUGGUGCGGCUAGCGGCGGCCGAGGACGAGGCAGACGAGGACGAGGCAGACGAGUGGGGCGUGAAGCGAGUGCGCGCGGCGCUACAUGCGCACGCCUGGCCCGGCCUCGUGCGCACCGACCGCCCCGCUCCACUCGACACUGGCGCAGAUUCAGACGGCGAGUCGUCCUCGGCGGGCGCGGAGCGGUUCGCGGCGGCGCUGGCGGCGCUGCCCGCGGCCGCGGCCGAGCGCCCGCUGCGGCCGCCGCGCGCUGAGGCGCUGCUGGCCGAGUUCUGUCGCGCGCUGGGGCUCGACCUCGACCGCUGCUGACUCCAGUCCGAAUGGGGUGGGUGGGUACAUUAAGCUCUACUUCACAAACUUUCCCAACACUACAACUUUGUAAUGGUGUAAUUUUGCAUAAAAAUGUAUCAACUUAUUACUAGUGUUGCCGAAGUUUAAAUUAUCGAUAGUACCGAACCGUGAUGACGAUUAUAGACUAUCGAUACUCUCUGAAACACUAUAUAUUUUGUUAAUAUUAUCGGACACUUCGCAAUAUAACGUAGGCGAUGGAUAUUAUCGGUACUAUACUCUUUAUCUAGUGUUGCACCGAAACUGGCUAUCGAUAAAUAUCGAUUUAUUUGUAUAUACUAUAUAGGCCCUCGAAAAUCUGUCGAUAGUCAACGAUCGGCAGCACUAUUAUCACUCUUAUUAUUUGUGAUAUGUACAUAUUUUAAAGUUAUAAGCACUAAAAAACUAAUAAUGGAAUAUGUUUCAGUACCAAAAUAUAAUAUUUAUGAAAUC